AAGUGUUCAGUUGUGAAUAUUUAUAUUUCUUAUGUUUUGCAGUGUUACGAUUUUACUGCUCAUGAUUUGAAAGAUAAAGGAGAAAUAGGUCGAGGCAAUUAUGGAUCUGUAAACAAGAUGAUACACAUUCCAAGUGAUACACUGAUGGCUGUUAAGAGAAUCCGAUCCACAGUAGAGGAAAAAGACCAGAAACAGCUGCUAAUGGACUUGGACGUGGUGAAGAGGAGCAGUGAAUGCCCGUAUAUUAUCAAGUUCUUUGGAGCUCUCUUUAAAGAGGGUGACUGUUGGAUUUGUAUGGAACUUAUGGAUACCUCAUUG